AUGGCUGAACAACCGCGCGACCUGUCGUCGAUCCUCGCCGCCCUUGGCGCUGCGCAGCGCGGUCCCUCGACGACGCCCACACAAGGACAACCACCUGCUCAUCCCGGUUACCCCCCGCCCCCCGGCGUUCAACAACCGCCUCCCUCCUACCCUCCCAUGCCCCAGGGCGCAGCUCCGCCGCUUCACUAUCCUGGCGCCAGCGGCUACCCGAUGCCUCAACCCUCGGCCUCUGGCAGCGUCGACCUCAGCUCUAUCCGCCCUGUCAAUUCUGGUACCGUCAGCCUUGCUGAUGCUAUUGCCCAAGCCAAGGCUUUUGCCGCCGAGAAGGGGGUCAGCUCCUACGAUCGACCAGUCGUGUAUGCCAAUGAACCGCCUCGCGGGCCGCAAGAUCCUCGCGCUUAUCAGCAAAACUCUCGUUCCCGAUCACCACCCUCGCGCCGUGACCCUUACCGAGACGGAGGCAACCCCUACCGCGAUGAGCGUCGUGAGGAUCGAGGCCCCUCUCGCGACUACGGCCACGGUGGUGGCCACGGUCGCGAGCGUUCCUACUCCCCAGGCCCCCGAGGCGGAGGCCGCACCUUUUCGCCCAAGAACGGCGGUGGCGGCGGCCGCGAGCGCUCCCCUCUCCGUAGCAAUGGUGGCGACGACCACGCCGAGACCAUUCAGAUCGAGUCCAGCCUCGUGGGCCUCAUCAUCGGCCGACAGGGCGAGAACCUCCGUCGCAUCGAGGGAGAGAGCGGCUGCCGUGGCCCAAGGCCACGCCGCGCCGAAGUCAAGACUGCCAUCAACCGCAUCAUCGAGGACAGCGGCAUGAGUGUGAUCAACCGAGGUGGAGCCCUCAAGUCGCAAGGUGAUCCGCGCGCCGGCGGCAUGGGCGGCCCCGCCCCCAAGGAGGGUGAAGACUGCCUGCAGAUUAUGGUGCCAGAUAGGACCGUUGGCCUCAUCAUCGGACGUGGCGGUGAGACGAUUCGCGACCUUCAAGAGCGUUCCGGCUGCCACAUCAACAUCACGAGCGAAGCCAAAGAGCACCAACGGCCCUUCGCCCCGUCAACCUCAUUGGGCUCUCCCCAGGGCCGCUGCCAUGGCCCAAAGGAGGCAAUUCUAGAGAUCGUCGACAAGCGACAGCCGUGGGUGACGGCCAGCCGGUCCCGCCCAAGAGGGGCCCUCGACAGGACAAUGCUCGAGAUGGUCCUAGUGGCGGCGGCGGGUGGCGGCGGUCAUGAUAAGAUCAACGACACUAUUCACGUUCCAUCUGAGGCUGUUGGUAUGAUCAUUGGCAAGGGCGGCGAAACCAUCAGGGAGAUGCAAAAUAACACUGGGUGCAAAAUCAAUGUUGCCCAGUCGUCUGGUCCUGGUGAAGUUGAGCGCGAAAUCGCCCUCAUUGGCAGCCGCGAAAGCAUCACGCAAGCAAAGGCAGCGAUCGAAGAGAAGGUGGACGCAGUGCGCCAAAAGAGCGGAGGUGGUGGCGGUGGACGUGAUGGUGGUGGCCGUGGUCGUCAACAACAGCACCAUGACUAUGACAGUUACUCGCAGCAGGCUUCUAAUGCUCCAGCACAGGCUAACGCUCCGGCGGCUCCGGCGCCGGCAGCUGCAGAUGGAUCUGAUCCGUACGCCCAAUAUGGCGGCUACCAGAACUACCUGGCCCUUUGGUACCAGUCAUUGAUGUACCAGCAACAGCAAGGUGGUAGCGCUCCCCCAGCGGGCGGCCCCCCAGCUCCUGGUGCGGCUUAG